CGGAGUGCGGCCUGUCCCCGGGGCGGGGCUCCGAGCUGCACGCACUGAGGUAACCCCGGUCACACCACUCCUCAGCUGAGGCUGCCGGGCAGGGGGCGGGCUCUCGCGGCAUGGAGGCCGGGCGAUGAUGGAUUAUUAUAACCUGCUCUUGGAGACGCCGCUGUAGCAUCCUUCUGUGCCGUGCCUGUCUAUGCUGCCAGUGACUAGCAAGUGAGCGGCGAACGGAGACCCUGUCCCUUCUGUAACCGCUGCCGGCCACCCUGCUGGAAUAUAAUGGAGGAGUCUCUGCCUAACUCGAAGAUGCUAGAUCUGAAUCAUUCUCGCUUUAUCAUUGGUUCUGUAUCGGAGGACAACUCUGAGGAUGAAUUCAGCUCUUUGGUUAAAGUGGAUAUUCUAGAAGAUAAAGAAAGGUCUUUAUCUCCAGCUUCUAUAUCUUCAGACACCGUAUCUGACAUGGCAUUAUCAAACUUUCAAGAGAACCUGGCUUUACAAAUGAGGCCUAGCAUGUCGGGGUUGCAUUUGGUCAAGCAAGGUCGGGAACGGAAAAAAAUAGACUUGCAGAGAGAUUUUACUGUGGCUUCACCAGCAGAAUUUGUCACCCGUUUUGGAGGGAAUAAAGUUAUAGAAAAGGUAUACUUUACUCCAACAUAUUCACAUAUUAAAAAUGUUUCUACCAACGAGCAAUCUGUGUAUAUAGGACCUUAUUCACGCACUCUAAGUGUACCACAAGAGAUUUAUAUGAAGGGCUAUGUGAAAGAUGUGGAUGAUGGAUUAAAGGCUGCAGAACAUGUGGGAUAUCCUGUAAUGAUUAAAGCAUCUGAAGGAGGAGGAGGCAAAGGUAUUCGGAAAGUGAAUAAUGCAGAAGAUUUUCCUAACCUUUUUCGCCAGGUCCAAACAGAGGUUCCUGGGUCUCCCAUAUUUGUAAUGAGACUAGCGAAGCAAUCACGUCACCUGGAGGUACAGAUUCUUGCUGAUCAGUAUGGGAAUGCUAUUUCACUGUUUGGCCGGGAUUGUUCUGUGCAACGACGUCACCAGAAGAUUAUCGAAGAAGCACCUGCAUCAAUUGCCACCAGCACAGUGUUUGAGCAGAUGGAGCAGUGUGCUGUGAAACUUGCCAAAAUGGUUGGAUAUGUAAGCGCUGGGACAGUGGAAUAUCUGUAUAGUCAAGACGGCACCUUCUACUACCUAGAGCUAAACCCCCGUCUACAGGUGGAGCACCCCUGUACUGAGAUGGUUGCUGAUAUCAAUCUUCCAGCUGCACAACUUCAGAUUGCCAUGGGAAUUCCUCUUCAUAGAAUAAAGGAUAUUCGAAUGCUGUAUGGAGUUCCAGCCUGGGGAGACACACUAAUUGACUUUGACAACUCACUGAAUGCUCCAUGCCCUAGAGGACAUGUUAUUGCAGCUCGUAUCACUAGUGAAAAUCCAGAUGAGGGUUUUAAACCAAGCUCUGGGACUGUCCAAGAACUUAAUUUUCGCAGCAGCAAGAAUGUCUGGGGUUACUUCAGUGUUGCUGCAGCUGGAGGCCUCCAUGAAUUUGCUGAUUCUCAGUUUGGGCACUGUUUCUCCUGGGGAGAAAACCGAGAAGAAGCUAUAUCAAAUAUGGUGGUUGCUUUGAAGGAAUUGUCCAUUCGUGGAGAUUUUCGAACUACUGUAGAAUAUUUGAUAAAACUUCUUGAAACCGAAUGUUUCCAGCGAAAUAGAAUUGACACUGGCUGGCUGGAUAGACUGAUCUCAGAGAAAGUGCAGGCUGAACGCCCAGACACUAUGCUUGGAAUUGUUUGUGGAGCAUUACAUGUUGCAGAUAUGAGCCUGAGAAACAGUGUUUCCAAUUUCUUACACUCUUUAGAGAGGGGACAAGUGUUACCAGCACACACACUGUUAAAUACAGUGGAUGUGGAACUUAUCUAUGAGGGGAAGAAAUAUGUGCUCAAGGUGACGCGUCAGUCACCGAAUUCAUAUGUAGUGAUAAUGAACAGCUCCUAUGUGGAAGUGGAUUUGCACAGACUGAGCGAUGGCGGCCUACUCCUGUCCUAUGAUGGCAGCAGCUAUACUACAUAUAUUAAAGAAGAAAUUGACAGGUACCGUGUCACUAUUGGAAAUAAAACCUGCGUUUUUGAAAAGGAAAAUGAUCCCUCAAUCUUGCGCUCUCCUUCUGCUGGCAAGCUGAUACAGUAUGUAGUGGAGGAUGGAGGUCAUGUCUUUGCAGGACAGUGCUACGCCGAGAUAGAGGUGAUGAAGAUGGUGAUGACCCUAACAGCCAUGGAGUCAGGAUGUAUUCAUUACGUGAAGCGCCCAGGGGCUGUUCUGGAGCCUGGUUGUAUAAUUGCUAAGCUUCAACUAGAUGAUCCGAGCAGGGUGCAGCAGGCUGACCUCCACACAGGAUGUUUGCCUCUGAUACACAGCACUGCCCUGCAUGGAGAGAAGCUGCAUCGGGUUUUUCACUAUGUUCUAGAUAACCUGGUAAAUGUCAUGAAUGGAUAUUGUUUUCCAGAGCCUUACUUCAGCAGCAAGCUAAAAGAUUAUGUGGAAAGACUGAUGAAAACCCUCCGAGAUCCAUCUCUUCCUUUGCUGGAGCUUCAGGACAUUAUGACAAGUGUAUCAGGGCGUAUUCCACUAAAUGUGGAGAAAUCGAUCAAGAAAGAGAUGGCACAAUAUGCCAGCAACAUCACUUCUGUGUUGUGCCAGUUUCCAAGCCAACAGAUUGCAAAUAUACUGGACAGUCACGCAGCUACAUUGAACCGUAAAUCUGAACGUGAGGUUUUCUUCAUGAACACACAGAGCAUUGUGCAAUUGGUGCAAAGAUACCGGAGUGGUAUUCGAGGUCACAUGAAAGCUGUAGUCAUGGAUUUGCUUCGACAGUAUUUAAAGGUGGAAACACAGUUCCAGCAUGGUCAUUAUGACAAGUGUGUCUUUACCCUCCGGGAAGAGAAUAAAAGUGACCUCACCUUGGUCCUGAAUUACAUCUUCUCCCAUGCUCAAGUCACCAAGAAGAACCUCUUAAUUACUAUGCUGAUUGAUCAGUUGUGUGGUCGCGACCCUACAUUAACAGAUGAAUUACUGAACAUUUUGAUAGAGCUCACCCAGCUAAGUAAAACUACAAAUGCAAAAGUGGCUCUUCGGGCACGGCAGGUCCUUAUUGCUUCACAUUUGCCUUCAUAUGAGCUUCGACAUAACCAAGUGGAAUCCAUAUUUUUGUCUGCCAUCGAUAUGUAUGGGCAUCAGUUUUGUAUUGAAAAUCUUCAGAAACUUAUCCUUUCGGAAACCUCCAUCUUUGAUGUUCUACCCAACUUUUUCUACCACAGCAACCAGGUGGUGAGGAUGGCUGCAUUAGAGGUGUAUGUGCGACGCGCAUACAUUGCUUAUGAGCUGAACAGUGUGCAGCACAGACAGCUGAAGGACAACACAUGUGUAGUUGAAUUUCAGUUCAUGUUACCAACGUCUCAUCCCAACAGGGGGAAUAUCCCGACGCUAAACAGAAUGUCAUUUUCUUCUAAUCUUAACCAUUAUGGUAUGGUCCAUGUUGCUAGUGUCAGCGAUGUCCUCCUUGAUACCUCAUUUACUCCACCGUGCCAAAGAAUGGGCGGCAUGGUUGCUUUUCGGACUUUUGCUGAUUUUGUUAGAAUGUUUGAUGAUGUAAUGAGCUGCUUCUCAGACUCUCCUCCGCAAAGUCCUAUCUUCCCUGAAGCAGGCCAUCCUUCCCUCUAUGAUGAAGAUGACAAUAAGAGCAUCCGGGAUGAGCCUAUCCAUAUCCUCAACAUUGCCAUCAAAACUGAUUGUGACACUGAAGAUGAUGGAUUGGCUGCCAUGUUCCGGGAGUUCACACAGAACAAAAAAGCAGUGCUGAUGGAUCAUGGCAUUCGUAGACUGACAUUUUUGGUAGCACAGAAGGAUUUCAGAAAACAAAUUAACUGUGAGGUAGACCAACGUUUUCAUAGAGAAUUCCCAAAGUUUUUUACUUUCCGUGCAAGAAAUAAGUUUGAAGAAGACAGAAUAUACAGACAUUUGGAGCCCGCUCUUGCCUUCCAGUUAGAGCUGAACCGUAUGAGAAACUUUGAUUUGACAGCAAUCCCAUGUGCUAACCAUAAAAUGCACCUGUAUUUGGGGGCUGCAAAGGUAGAAGAGGGAACUGAAGUGACAGAUUAUAGGUUCUUUGUCCGUGCAAUUAUCAGACAUUCUGACCUAGUUACAAAGGAAGCUUCAUUUGAGUACCUUCAGAAUGAAGGUGAGCGCCUCCUGUUAGAAGCUAUGGAUGAACUGGAAGUGGCCUUUAACAACACCAAUGUGCGCACUGACUGUAACCAUAUAUUUUUAAACUUUGUACCGACUGUUAUCAUGGAUCCUUCGAAGAUUGAGGAAUCUGUGCGAAGCAUGGUCAUGCGCUAUGGAAGUCGACUGUGGAAAUUACGUGUCCUACAAGCUGAAUUAAAAAUAAACAUCCGUUUAACACCAACAGGAAAGCAAAUUCCAAUACGUCUCUUUUUGACAAAUGAAUCUGGCUACUACUUGGACAUCAGCUUAUACAAAGAGGUGACAGACUCCAGAACUGCACAGAUUAUGUUCCAGGCAUAUGGAGACAAACAAGGACCACUUCACGGGAUGCUUAUAAAUACUCCUUAUGUCACUAAAGAUCUUCUACAGUCAAAACGGUUCCAAGCACAGUCCUUAGGAACAACCUAUAUAUAUGAUAUCCCUGAAAUGUUUCGUCAGGCUCUCAUUAAGUUGUGGGAAUCAAUGGAUGCCAGCGCUUUCAUUUCAAAGAGUCCCCUACCUUCAGAUGUCCUUAUAUACACUGAACUUGUACUAGAUGACCAGGGCCAGUUAGUACACAUGAACAGGCUUCCAGGGGGAAAUGAGAUUGGCAUGGUGGCUUGGAAAAUGACCCUGAAAUCUCCCGAGUACCCAGAUGGCAGAGACAUCAUUGUAAUAGGGAAUGACAUCACAUAUAGAAUUGGCUCUUUUGGACCUCAAGAGGAUUUGCUGUACUUAAGAGCCUCAGAGCUCUCUAGGUCACAAGGGAUCCCACGUAUAUAUGUUGCAGCAAACAGCGGUGCUAGGAUAGGACUGGCUGAAGAGAUACGUCACAUGUUCCACGUUGCUUGGGUGGAUGCUGAUGAUCCCUACAAAGGGUUUAAAUAUUUAUAUUUAACACCACAAGACUACAAGAAGGUCAGUGCCCUGAACUCUGUACAUUGUGAACAUGUGGAAGACGAAGGUGAAUCUAGGUACAAGAUUACAGACAUAAUUGGUAAGGAAGAAGGACUUGGAGUGGAGAACCUUCGGGGAUCUGGCAUGAUUGCUGGAGAGUCAUCAUUAGCUUAUGAAGAAGUCAUCACCAUUAAUCUGGUAACCUGCAGAGCAAUUGGCAUUGGAGCAUAUUUGGUGAGGUUGGGUCAAAGAACAAUUCAGGUUGAGAACUCACAUAUCAUAUUGACAGGAGCUGGAGCAUUGAACAAGGUGCUUGGCCGGGAGGUCUAUACAUCUAACAACCAGCUUGGUGGCAUCCAUAUCAUGCACAACAAUGGAGUCACACAUGCCACAGUAUAUGAUGACUAUGAAGGAGUGUACACAAUUUUGCAGUGGCUUUCUUACAUGCCUAAGAGUGUUUCCAGUCCUGUGUCCAUAAUUACGCCAAAGGAUCCAAUUGACAGACACAUUGACUUUACUCCUACCAAAGCUCCUUAUGAUCCUAGAUGGAUGCUGUCUGGUCGACCUCACCCAAGUCAGAAAGGACAAUGGUUAAGUGGAUUCUUUGACCAUGGAUCCUUCAUGGAAAUAAUGAAGCCAUGGGCACAGACUGUAGUGGUUGGAAGAGCCAGACUUGGAGGUAUACCAGUGGGAGUGGUUGCAGUAGAAACAAGGACCGUGGAGUUAAGCAUACCCGCUGACCCUGCUAACCUGGACUCUGAGGCUAAGAUAAUACAACAAGCAGGACAGGUGUGGUUUCCAGAUUCUGCCUUCAAAACUGCACAAGCAAUCAAGGACUUCAACAGGGAAGGGCUCCCGAUUAUGGUGUUUGCCAACUGGAGAGGUUUUUCUGGCGGAAUGAAAGACAUGUAUGAUCAAGUUCUGAAAUUUGGAGCGUACAUUGUGGAUGGCUUGCGUGAAUACCAGCAGCCUGUGUUGGUGUAUAUACCACCUCAAGCUGAACUGAGAGGAGGAUCAUGGGUAGUAAUAGAUCCUACAAUCAAUCCGAGGCACAUGGAGAUGUAUGCUGACAAAGAGAGCAGAGGGGGUGUUUUGGAACCAGAGGGAACUGUGGAAAUAAAGUUCAGGAGAAAAGAUUUGGUAAAGACUAUGCGGAGAGUGGAUCCAGUUUACAUUCGCCUGGCAGAGAGAUUAGGUACUCCGGAGCUUAGUCCCGCUGACUGCAAGGAGUUGGAGAACAAGCUUAAAGAAAGAGAAGAAUUUUUGAUCCCUAUUUACCACCAAGUGGCUGUGCAGUUUGCUGACCUGCAUGAUACACCAGGAAGAAUGCAAGAAAAGGGAGUUAUAACUGAUGUAUUGGAGUGGAAGACAUCAAGGACGUUUUUUUACUGGAGGCUACGGAGGUUGCUUUUGGAAGAUGUAGCAAAAAAGAAGAUCCAUGCUGCAAAUCCUGAGUUAACUGAUGGGCAAAUACAGGCCAUGCUGAGACGAUGGUUUGUGGAGGUGGAAGGAACAGUCAAGGCAUACCUAUGGGAUAAUAAUAAGGAUGUUGUUGAAUGGCUGGAGAAGCAGCUGACUGAGGAGGAGGGAGCCCGCUCUGUGGUUGAUGAAAACAUCAAGUACAUUUCCAGAGACUAUAUCCUCAAACAAAUCCGCAGCUUGGUGCAAGAAAACCCAGAAGUUGCUAUGGAUUCUAUAGUUCACAUGACACAACACAUAUCACCAACUCAAAGAGCCGAAAUUGUGCGUAUUCUGUCAACCAUGGACUCCCCAACAUCUACAUAGAGAUCUUGUUACUCUCAGAGCUCAGACCGCCUAAGCACAUAGACUGUAUCUUAGGGUUCAGUAUGAUACGCCUGUAUUUAUGUGAGGAAUUUUGAAUAAUUAGAACCUGGUAGGUUGUUUUAAUGAUAACUGCUGAACUGGAACACAUCAUGGAUUAUAGUAUGCUCUUUUACAUUUGUUUACUUUGCAGAACAUAAAUUGUGGAAAUCCAGAACACAUCUUCAGCAGAUCAACAGAGAUGUAAUUUUGUUCUGAUUUUAUAUGUCCAUGUGGGUCAGACAUAGACUACAUCUCAAUCCACCUAUCAUACAUCUAAGUGGUCCCAUUUUCCAUUCAGCACUGGUGUAAAGUGUGCAGUUAUAGAUGUCUGACUUUGCUCUAAAUGAUUUGAGGUUAUAAUCUACAUUGUUUAUUGAAACAAAAUGUAUUAGUAGCUAGGCUUAAUGCUUACCCUUUGUAGGCAUAAUCUUCUCCUAUUUUUAUUUAUUUUCUAAGUCCAAUAGCACUUAGACCUUUACCAAUUAAUGUAACAUUUUAUUUCUAUUUAUUAUAUCUGUUACUGUCAUGCUCAGUUAGCACACCCCUUUAUAUGUAAAAUAUUUGAUAACACUGACUGCAUUGCUAUAUAAUUAUUUUGCUUUUAGGUGUGUUUUGUCAAAUGGAAGAAUCUACUUCUGCUUUCUGAGUGAUUGUGCCUGACUGCAGAACAUUACUGCAGUGCAGUCCUUUUAUGCGCCAAGCAGUACACCCUGUUCAAUGUUGGACGUGUUGGUGCAAGUGUCACCAACACAUGUAAUGGGCUUUCUCUGACUUGGUUUGUGUCACCAGUUACACAGGGACCAGCAGAGAAGGGUUGCUGGUGUAUGGUCAUUCCUGCUCAAUGUGCAGUAUAGAACGCUGUACAUGGGAAGUGAUGGUAUCUCUUCAGCCUCCCCUUGAUAACCUUGGUAACAUCAUCAUCACAGUUCUUUGGAGAAGGUAUAGAAACUGGGAUUGGUAAAACCCAGAGAUGCUCUCUACACACUGCCAUAAAAUUAGAUGAAUUUUGUAAAAUUUGCAUGCAAAUACUUUAACACUUGCUGAUUCUAUUAAAAUAACAAAUUUCUCUCCCUAGAGCAGUGGUUUCCUCAAGACACCCUAACAGUCCAGGCUUUAAGAAUAUCCAUGCUUGAGCACAGACUGUUUAAUCAAAAUUAAAGAGGUACUAAUUAAGUUAGCGGUGCUUAAGCAUGGAUAUCCAUUAAACCUGGAAUACCGAGUUUAGCAACCACUGCACUAGUGGAUUCAAAAUAAAUAAUUGAAACUACAGUAGUGGUCCUAAAGGGGUUACUAGACUUUCCCGUGUGUAUGUCAUGUUAUAUUAUUAAUGACUUAUCUAGACUGGAGGUCUGGGCGGAUAAAUGGAGAAUGAGGUUCAAUAUAGACAAAUGUAAAGUUAUGCACUUUGGGACUAAGAACAAUCAGGCAGCCUAUAAACUAAAUGGGGAAAAUAUAGGGAUAACCGUAGUUGAAAAGGAUUUGGGGGUGCUCAUCGAUAAUAGACUUAGUAGCAGUACGCAAUGUCAAAAUGCAGCAACAAAAGCAAAUAAGGUGUUAGCAUGCAUAAAAUGGGGGAAUAGAGACAAGGGACGAGCGUGUAAUCCUGCCACUGUAUAAAUCAUUGGUGCGGCCACACCUGGAAUAUUGUGUACAGUUCUAGGCACCUCACUACACUAUAAAAAAAAGAUAUCUUGGAACUCAAAAGGGUUCAGAGGCGAACUACCAAACUGGUUAAGGGGGUUAGAGUCACUGAAUUAUGAGGAAAUACUUAAAAGGUUAGAUUUGUUUAUAUUGGAAAAGAGGUGACUGAGAGGGGACAUUAUUAAUAUUUAUAAAUACAUAAAGGGACAAUACAAGGAUAUAUCUGUUUAUUAAAAAAAAAACACUACACAGGACACGGGGUCACCCCCUGAGCUUAGAAGAAUUUUUUUUUUUUAUACACAACGGAGAAAAGGGUUCUUCACAGUAAGAGCAGUAAGGAUUUGGAAUUCUCUGCCAAAGAAGGUAGUAAUGGUGCACUCAAUCAAUAAGUUUAAAAAUGGACUAUCUAAAUUCAUAAUUGAAAGAAAUAUCCAAGGAUACAACAUUUAAAUUAUAUAAAAUGUUAUACAGGUUGACCUCUAUGGACAUUUGUCUUUUUUCAACCUCAACAACUACUGUAUGUAAUUAUCAACCAUUGUUUACUGUAUGUAGCAUCUACAUAUUACACAGUGCUUUCAGACAAUAUUCAGCCAUUCACAUCAGUCCCUACCUUUUGUGGAGCGUGCAAUCUAUCUUCCCUACCUCACACCCACUACAAAAGGGUUACGUUUGUCAUAAGCCAGAAAGAGCACCUGGAUGAAACUCAUGCAUAACACGGGGUGAACAUACAAACACCAUACAGGCAAACCCAAGCAGCUUGUUUUUUCAUGUCUGUAGACAUCAGACCAUUGCCUUUCAUUAUUGGGUAAGAUAAAAAAACCACUACUGUAUAAAGAAUGAGACGAACGCAGCACGAAUGCAAUCUAAGUUAGGAGAAUCUAUUUUUCUCCCUGAGAAUCUCAUGUUACAGCAUCUCAUUACGAGAAAUAACAAUUGUGUAAUAUUCAUUGACCUUUGUGAAAUAACACUCCUACACAUCAAAUUAUACAAAUACAUACUGAGAGAUGUGUCAGUGCCUGUCUGUGCCAUGUCAGCACUAAAUUAAAGGACACUUCAAAUGUUUAAAAUAUAUCAAAUCCAUCUCUCCAUGGAGUAUUAAACACAAUUUCUUUUCAUUUGCUCAGGUGACUGCAUCUCUUAUCAGUGGUUUCUGUUUCUCGCUGCCACUCAUAAGUAUCGGUAGCCCCAGCAACAGCGAAAUAAAAAUGUAUCUAAUAGUUUGGAGAGGAAAGCGCACUGGUAUUCCCUAGUAUGUACCACAUAAAUACAGUGUGGCAGUUCUUCACUAAAAGUAACCAACCUUCUAUAAUGUACAGCAGCACAAAGUAUAAUAAUGUAAUGGCACAGAAUAAAUGCAGCACAGUAAUCAUCGUUUACAUGCUAAAUCUUACACACAGACUCAGAAUAGAGAAAAAAGAAUUGAGUAAACGCAGUGUCCUAUUAGGCUUCAGUCAUGGCUUAGAUGCUGAGGCCAUAUAUCCAGAUGUAGCAACGCUCAGCUUUGCCGCCGAGCGUCUUUGCAACAUUACAAGUGUGUGGGUUUUGUUUUUUGGCACAAAAUAGAAGGACCGUUAAAUUUGUAAUAUUAAAAAACAUACAGAAUUGUGUUAUUCUUACUGGCCAUUAGUUUCAAAAUCUAUUUCAGUGGCUCGUUAUUAUUAAUAAUCUUUGCUUUCAGUAUUUCACUGUUUUAUAGUUUUUUAUCGUACAAUUUUUUUAAUGGCCCAUUUAUUUAUUUUUUGUUUCUUAUUUGUACUCAAUUGAUAGCCUAGAUUAAUCUUUUUAUCUUUAUUAUGUUUCACUUUCUCUGGGCCUGAUGCCAAGUGAGGACUCUUUGGUGUAGCGUUAUCUGAAAUAAUUGUGCAUGCCCUAGAAAGUGAGUGUAGGCAUAUAUGCCCAUAGAUAUGUGUGAUUAUGCACCUUAUAUCUACAUCUACCUGGAUAGGCAACAUACAGAGAGACAGGCAAUUUAAUGUGGGGUGGGUAAAGACAUGUUAUGCAGAAUGGAACAAAUGCCGCAUAUGCACCUGACAAGCUGUAAUAAUUACACUACUCAACCUUUUUUUUUUUUUUUAUUCUUUGCAUCUGGCAUGUGAAUCUGUAUUUUCAUCUAAUUUAGAGACGCUGAAUACAAUGGAUAGGUCAGGUUUUCUCCAUUGCAUCACAUUUAUUAGAUACACACAAAUAACCAAAAAAAGGUAAUUGCUAUAUCAGAAAAAAAAGUUAAAAAUUCAAUUAAUCUCUAUAGAAUUUAAAUAUUUUCAUUGAAUUUAAAUACUAAUAAAACUACAGAAAUGCUUAAAAACUGCAGAAACUAUCUCCAGAAACUCUUAACAAUCCAAAUUAGCUGUAAUUGUUAAUAAAAUAUAAAGUCACUUUGCUUUGAGGAAAUAGGAUGUUGACGCUUUCCAUUUGUACAGUGCCUCAUUGGUCUCUCUAAAUUUGAACCAGCAAUAGCCCCAUCAUUGCAGGGUCCCAGCGUCCUUGGCAGCCAUUGUUCAUUGUCAGAAUGUCUUGGUGAAAAUGUUCCCCCUGUUCACCUACCGUACCCAAGUUGUCAGGGAAAACAUCUACAUGGUAAACUAAAAGUUUGUGAAGUUAAGCGAAGCAAAGCUAAAAGAAGACCCCCAAAUAAGGAAACUGCUUAAUGAAAUAUUUAACGCUAAAUUGAUUAGCAUUGAGUCAGGGAACAGAAAAGAGGCAAACUACGUGUCUAUCGUGAAUGAACUAUUGGACAACUACAAGAAUAUGGGUGGUACAAUGUCACUUAAAAUUCACUUUUUCCUUCAGAUAACUGAAAGCCUGGUCUUUAUCCAGAGCUUCAUUAGUUACAGAGGUAAAAUGAUUUUAGGUGGCUUAACCAAUGGCAUGUAGCGGAUAUUUUUCUCUCCAUCAUCAUGGGUUUCUCUCUCUGGCCACUUCUAUGUGAUACAGUGAUUUUAUGGUGUCUUUGCUGUCCCAUAAACACUGGAAUAAAUGUUUUCAAAAUAUCUUAAAACCCUUACAUGAUAUCAAAUUUCUGAUGGUAUAUUUGGAUUGUACACACAAAGGCCCUCAUUCCGAGUUGAUUGCUCGCUAGCAGUUUUUAGCAGCCGAGCAAACGCUAUGCCGCCGCCCACUGGGGGUGUAUUUUAGCUCAGCAGAAGUGCGGACGGUAGUAUCGCAGAGCGCCUGCAAAAAUUUUUUGUGUAGUUUCAGAGUAGCUCAAAACCUACUCAGCGCUUGCGAUCACUUCAGACUAUUCAGUUCCGGAUUUGACGUCACAAACCUGCCCAGCCACGCCUGUGUUUUCCCUGCAUCGCUGAACCCUGUGCAAAAGUGCAUCGUUCAUUGUGCCUGUAAGUUGCGCGUGCGCAUUGCGCAGCAUACGCAUGCGCAGAACUUCUUAUUUUUUUUUAUUUUCAAUAAAUUAGCAAAAAUCUCAAAAAAACUUUUUUCACUUUGUCAUUAUGGGGUAUUGUGUGUAGAAUUUUGAGGGAAAAUUAAUUUAUUCCAUUUUGGAAUAAGGCUGUAACAUUACAAAAUUUUGAAAAAGUGAAGCGCUGUGAAUACUUUCCGGAUGCACUGUAUAUUGUUUAAUAUUCUAUUAUUCCCCAUUUAAAGCUAGCAGACAGAACCACCAACAGUUAGCAGUUUUGAACAGUGGACUCUUCAUAAAUAAACCCUUAUGUACGUAUAUAUAUAUAUAUAUAUAUAUUUUAUUUUAUUUUACUCAGAUUCCUUAUUCUUUUUUUCUGUCCUUUCAUCUGCAUCCUUCACCUUUUUGUCUAGUAUUUCUUUUCCUUUGUCUCCUUUCAUAGCUAUCAGUUGUAAACACUAAGAUGCAUGUGUACGUUGUCCCAUCUGAUAUGCUGUACAUCAGAUAGUCCGAACCCGCUGACAACCCCAUGAAGAUGAAUGUGGAAUGUACAGCUAUAUCAUGGUCGGACACCAGAUUGUGCAGUGUGUACGGCUGCGCGGUAUAUUGAUACAUUGGCCCUCUUGUUGGGUGGAAUACACAUUGUUCUGUUGUUGUUAUUUGUUAUAUGAGUUUAGGCAAGGUCAGAUUAACAGUUAGGCCCAGUGUCAUGAUAACGUGGGUCAGAUGGCACAUGGUCAGCCAUAAGUCAUUAGUAUUAAAAUUGUAUUUCUAUUUUCCUCACAAAAUUUAGCAAAUGUUUUACUUUAAGUAUCUAAGGAGACAUUGGUGCUGAUAUUGUAAGACAUGCCCUCAUGGCACUGGCCACACCUCUUCUGCUUCUCACAAUAGGCCCUAAUUCCAUUUCAGACCCAGGCCCACGUGGUCCUUAAUCCAGCCCUGAGUUUAGGUGUUUGGGGCACAUGGGUAAAGGAUAUUUAUUUGCUUACAUUGUAGGAAAUGUAUCACAAUCUUACCCAUUGUCACUCAGAACACUUUACAAUUAGAGUUGCAGGCACAGACCUAUUCUAAUUUAUUUAUUAAGUUACUUAUGUCCUUCAACUUCCAUCGGUCAUAGGAGGAUUAUUUUCUUAAUGUGUUAAAAUAUAGAUCUAAAUUAUUUUAACUAUUUCCCACUUUCAAGAGGAAGAAAUUAAAUGGGAUUGGUUGUAACAGCAAACACUGGAAUUGCACAUGUUUUGGUUGCUUUUUGAUUCUCAAUUUGUAAGAAAAAAAAAACUGCUUAUCUGACAAAUGACCAUUCCGCAUGUUUACAAUACUUUGUUAAAUAUAUUUAUAAAAAAAAAAACUUUUAUAGCUCAUGAAAAUAUUGUUUUUAAAUAUAAUUUUUUUUAAUGUAUGUUCAGUCCUAUCCACUUACCUUUUACUAUUAUUGGAGAGAAUCAGUAUUCGAUUAAAUGAUUCCACCAUCUAGCUCACCAAAGCACUGAGAUUGGCUUGUAGGCUUGCCAGUCUAGAAAAGGGGUGUGUUCUGGCCUCUGAAUUCACGUGCACAGAUAAUAUUACUUGUGUAUUGGAUUACUUUACAAUUUAUAAAAUGGCAUGUGAUUCAUAAGCCAGAUGUAAAAUAGAAUCAUUUAUUUGUAUUGCUGUGCCAAGCGGAUUUGUAGGACCAGGUUACAGAAACGUAGCACACAGAAUACAGAUGUUUGAAUAGAACAGACAUGAGGCCUCUGUGUAUGGAAGCAACAGUGUGUUAUUUGUGUGCUAUAAAUCAUCUAUGCCACAAAUACAUAACCUGAGCUUAGUAUAUGGUGUGAUAGUGGGUAUUUGGCACACAAGCGCAUAGUGCGUUUAAAUAUGAUCUAUUUAUUAAUAAGUGAUGUUAUAAUUUAUGUAAUCUGUACUCAGAGUUGUUUUACAGUAAUAUUUGACCAGUAUAACUUUAGGUUACUCUACAAUCACCCUAUAGUUUGUGCAGCAUUAAGAUACAGAUUUGCAGUUUGUGCUAGUAAAAUGUAUAAUUUUUUUUCUCAUCUAUCUAUUCUUGGUAAAAUAGUUUGACUGAAAGAGGUGUGAGGUGAUAGUAAAAUAACUAAAUAGUGCAGCAUUAUUCUCUAUGCCACUUAUCAAUUGUGCUAGAAGAUAUAUUAAUCCUACAAUGCGUCUAAUAGCACAGGGAUUUUAGGCAUCCUGAUGUGACGACAAAUGCAUUGAUGAGUCAACUUCUGACACUGAGCAGCCAGCUGGCGUCACUAGAAAUGUACAGUUGAGCCCUUAUAAGGAUACCACGCAAACAGGACAAUCUGCACUAGAGUUAGAUUUAUAUGUGCUUUUCCUGUCACUAGGUCAUAACUUGCUGUAAAUUAGUGCCCUAGAAUUUCAAUACAGUGCAAAACACUUUGCACAGGAAUGUGUGCAGCUAAUCAAUGUCUACUAGGGUGUAUUGAAUAGAAGACGUAAAAGAGGUUUUUUGUUAUUUUGCUUGUUCAAUUUGUUAAUUAUGUGUCUUAAGAAACAAAAAUAGAAAAUGGUACAACUGGCAUAUAAUGCAAUACAUCUUUAAUUGUUUGAGGUACAGAUGGAGCAAUAGUUAUCAGGUUAGAUUAACCAAAAUAGUUAUAUCUGGUCUCAGUUAAUUUGCUGGUAUGCGUAUAUGGUAAUUAGAUUAGGCUGGUUCAAUAUUAGCCAAACUGCUGCUGGAUAACUAGUGCGCUUUCUAUAGCUCGGAGUAUCCAUAGUAUUAAGGUGCUUUCAAACACUUAAGCUGGGUACACUUAAGUAAUGAAUCACAUAGAAAUAAAAUUGUUACAUUUUGAAAAUACUGUUACUGGAAUACUGUAUAAUACUGUACUAAUUUCAAUUACCUCGGAAAACAAUAAACGGCAAUGUACUUA